AUGAUCCACUUUCAUUUCAAACUGACCAAUUAUUUUUUUUAUUGGGCCAACCUUUUUUCGUCGACUGACACAGCCUAUUUCACCACUUUCACCAAUUUCACAACCGAUUUCACAGCCUAUUUCACCAAUUUCACAGCCUAUUUCACCAAUUUCACAACCGAUUUCACCACUUUCACCAAUUUCACAACCGAUUUCACCACUUUCACCAACGUCACAACCGAUUUCACAGCCUAUUUCACCAAUUUCACAACCGAUUUCACCACUUUCACCAAUUUCACAGCCUAUUUCACCACUUUCACCAAUUUCACAGCCUAUUUCACCAAUUUCACAACCGAUUUCACCACUUUCACCAAUUUCACAGCCUAUUUCACCACUUUCACCAAUUUCACAGCCUAUUUCACAGCCUAUUUCACCAAUUUCACAACCGAUUCCAGGUCGAAAGAAAUUUCUCGCAAGAAUUUCUUGAGACCGUCAGAACAAAAUAGGAAAUGUUAUUAUGCCCGUUCUAUUGUUUCUCGAACAACUACUUCUAUCAAGUUAUUACAACAGAAGUUAGUCUUUCUGCUUGCUAUGGCGGCCUUCCUCCGACCCUCUGGCCUAGCUCGUAUCCCGUAUCACUCCUGCUCUAUCACGGAUACUGGCUGUCUUACUUUACAAGUCGUGGCGCCUAAAGAGACUCGUCGCAAACGACGCAUCAUCAAGCCCUUUACGAUCCAUCCGCAUGCGUCCGACAUAGAACUAUGCCCAGUUCAGUGUUUCAAGGCUCUUCGUGCUCACCCUGGUUUGGCGUCUCGUCCUCCUGGUUCACAACUCUUUGUAAAGUCUCAUCUCAUCCAACAGCCCCUAUCGUCUUCAACCAUUUCCUCAUGGCUACAUCGUGACUUUAUUGCACUCUGCACUUCUGAACCUAAUGUUUCCAUCCGUUCACUAGCAUCCUCACGAGCGUUAGAUCUUGGGGUCUCUAGAGACGACAUCGUAACUCUCGGUAAUUGGACUUCCUCCUCAACCUUCGAAAACCAUUACCAACGUAAUCAGAUGGCUCAGGUGGACUUCACAUCAACGGUUCUUUCGGAUUCUCUUGACCAGUUCUUUGAUGCUCAUGAAGACUUUUCUCUGGAUUAG